GUAAAAUUUCUAUUUUAAAAUCUUAUUGACUUCUCAGAUUUAUCAUGCCGAGUGUAGUCUAUAUAAACCGGCAAAACCUAGCUAACCGAUCAUCAUAUAUACACUUGAUUCUUUUUUCUUUUUUUUUCUCUUUUCAAAAAACUAUACAGUACUACAUUCGGUUUGAUUAAGAAAAGAAAAGAUGUCUUGUGAUCUGAUUAUCAUCGGUACACUGCUCACUGCAUUUAUCGCAUGCCAUAGCGUGAUUUGUUCAGCUGCCAAGGAUGUAUCCUUUGAUGAAAACUACGCUGUGACCUACGGAUAUGAUCAUGUUAAGUUCCUCAACCAAGGGAAAUCCGAACUUCAGAUUUCAUUGGAUCAAAGUUCUGGUGCUGGCUUUGGUUCCAAGGUGAAGUAUGGAUCUGGGUUCUUUGAGAUGAGCCUAAAGCUCCCACCCCAUGAUUCUGCAGGAGUCGUCACCACUUUCUAUUUACAUUCAGGAACGGCAGCACAUGAUGAGUUGGACUUCGAGUUUCUGGGCAAUAGAGAAGGUAAACCUAUCACAUUACAAACGAAUGUGUUCUCCAACGGAGUCGGAAACAGAGAACAAAGAAUGAUUCUUUGGUUCGACCCAUCAGCAGAUUAUCAUUCCUACAAAAUCCUCUGGAACCACCAUCAGAUUGUGUUCUUUGUUGAUCACAUCCCCAUCAGAAUUUAUAAGAACAACGAAGCCAUUGGGGUGGGUUACCCAUCCCAAUCAAUGCAAGUAUUGGCAAGCAUAUGGAAUGGAGAUGAUUGGGCUACGGAUGGUGGGAAAACUAAAGUCAAUUGGUCUCACGCACCAUUCACAACCCAUUACAAAGGAUUCAAUGUUUAUGGUUGUGGCUCAAUAACAAAUCAUGUUGAGGGAUGUUCCUCAACAAAAUACUGGUGGAACCAAAAGAAAUUCUGGGAGUUGAAUAAAGUUCAAGAGAAACAUUACAAGGAUAUCAAAAAGCAUAUUAACUACAAUUAUUGCUCCGACAAAAGCCGGUAUCCUGUUCCUCCUCCUGAGUGUGCUACCAAUGAAUAGCUAGAUGAUAACUUGGUGUACAUGUAAUAGCGAAAUUUGGUGAUGGCGGUGACUAAGUGAAACCAUGUUUUCAACAAAAUUACUAAGAGAUCAAAAGCAUAUUCAUAGGGAAAAAACUGACUGUGAAACAGACUGACUAUAUGAACAAGCAUAUUCAUAGAGAAAGGGAAAAACAAAACUAUGAAAUCAAAACACGAUCAGUAAAUUAAGAGUCCAAAUGGAAAAUCCUUCUUAUCUUUAUUUUCUUUCUCACCAUGUUUGAGUUGGUUAAAAAAUAAUCCAUUUUGGAUGUAAG